AUGGUUUUGCAAGCAGCUGGAGCUGGCAUAGCAAUCUUUGAGUCAACUAGUAAGGACUCACUGAUGGCAUCAAAGUAUGUCCCAAAAGCUUUGAUGGUUGACACCAACAGUAGCAUCUUCAUCCUAUGUGCUAACUGUAGCAUCACCACCAACAGCAACAAAAACAAUGAAAAGAGUGACCCACAAAACAAGACAGACAGCAAUGUAGCAGCUGGCCAAAUCUCAUAUGUCACACAAGCAAAGAAGAGCAUAGAUGCCAAGCAGACCAAGCAGAAAAGACAACAACUUCUCCAAAAACCAACUGGCCCAUCUGAGUACGAAUUUGUCUACUUCCUAGCCAAACGAUACAUUAAGUAUCAAGAAAUGAGAAAGAUUCUCAGUUCCUUCAACAUGCCCACUUCCUGCAUUCUUGAUAUUCAAUUCCCAGCCAGAUGGACUGUUGCCCUUCUCAUAAUUGGGGAGUUUCAUGAAGAACUCAGUGCACUGCUUGGAAAAGCCAAGGUUGUCCCGCUGGGAAACUUUAAUCUGAUCACAUCAGACAUAAUCGCAGAUCUCAAGUUGAAGGAAGAGGCGAUCAAGGUUAGGGCAAGAAAAGCCCAGAACCUAUUUGACACAUGCCUGAUCAAGGCAAGUCUCUGCAUGUCAACAUAUCUUGGUCAUAGUGACAUCUGCCAUUUCUCAUCCAAAAGGGCUGUAGUAAAGAUCUUGCAGACUGCAGUUUCUGGCUACCCGCAGAGCCAAAAAACUAUCAGCACCACCACCUCCAUAGCCCCAACCAACAACAUGAAUGGCAUAGAAUCCACCAAAAUGUCAAUCAUCAGAACACAUGAAUAG